AUGGAAAUAGAAUUUUGCUCACAACAUCUUUUGGCUUAUGAUAAUUCAAUAAUUAAUGAAGAAGAUAAUAUUAAGCUAAAAGUAGAAGAAAACUUAUAUUCCAUUAUUAAAAAAAUAAAUGAAUUAAAAAGCGAAAAAAAUGGUAAUGAUGAAAUAAUUUAUUUUUUAACAAAAAAUAAUUAUUUUAACAUACCGAGAUAUUCAAAAAUUCCUAAAAUGAAAAAAAGCACAAAAUGGGAAAUGUAUUCUGAAAAGAGAUUAAUGAAAAAAAAAAAUAGAAGUGGAUUAAUUUUUGAUAAAAAUUCGAAAGGGUGGGUUAGGCGUUACCAAAAGAAGCAUAUAAAAGAAAAUGAAGAAAAAUCAAACUUUGUACAUGAAUUUAAGGAUAACGAAGACUCUUAUGAAGAUCCUUUUGAAAAAAAAGAAGAGGAAAAAGAGAUUAAAAAAAUGAAACAGAAAAUGAGAGAAAUGAAGAAUAAAUUUGAUCAAAAGGGGAUAUCCAAUGAAGAUAUAAAAUACAUACAAAGACAAAAAAGAAAAAGAGAAAAUUUAAUUGACAACCUUAAAAUGGCACAAGUUUCAUCCUCGACAUUUGGACGAGAGGACAAAAAAUUAAAAAAAGAAAAAAAAAUGAAUAUAAAAAAUAAUGUAAUAAAACAAAAAUGUGAAAAUCGUUUACCAAAAGAUGAAAUAAACCAAAAUAAUAAAUUAGCUGCUAUUGUUUUAAAAUCUUUCUAG